CUGUCCGCAGUCUCUGGUCAUCCCUGUGCUGUCCGCAGUCUCUGGUCAUCUCCUGUACUGUCCGCAGUCUCUGGUCAUCCCUGUACUGUCCGCAGUCUCUGGUCAUCCCCUGUACUGUCCGCAGUCUCUGGUCAUCCCCUGUACUGUGUCCGCAGUCUCUGUCUCUGGUCAUCCCCUGUACUGUCCGCAGUCUCUGGUCAUCCCCUGUACUGUGUCCGCAGUCUCUGGUCAUCUCCUGUACUGUGUCCGCAGUCUCUGGUCAUCUCCUGUACUGUGUCCACAGUCUCUGGUCAUCUCCUGUACUGUGUCCGCAGUCUCUGGUCAUCUCCUGUACUGUGUCCGCAGUCUGUGGUCAUCUCCUGUACUGUGUCUGCAGUCUCUGGUCAUCUCCUGUACUGUGUCCGCAGUCUCUGGUCAUCCCUGUACUGUGUCCGCAGUCUCUGGUCAUCCCUGUACUGUGUCCGCAGUCUCUGGUCAUCCCUGUACUGUGUCUGCAGUCUCUGGUCAUCCCUGUACUGUGUCCGCAGUCUCUGGUCAUCCCUGUGCUGUCCGCAGUCUCUGGUCAUCCCUGUACUGUCCGCAGUCUCUGGUCAUCCC